GCGAGUGGGACCUCAGCCGCCAUUUCUCCACCUUCGGCAUCCAAUCGAGAACACUACCAUGAGAGUGACCAGUUUCUUCAAAUCCACCCUGAACCGGAGAGAAAAAAAGGCGUCGGAGUUCAACAAACGGCGAGGCGGUGGGCGGAGGCGGGUACUUCAGAAUCAGAGCGCAAAUCCAUCGUCCCGUUCGUUAUGUGGAGCUUCUCAGCACACUCGCAUGGAGCAUCUCUUCUCAUUCUCUUCAUCACUACGAGUUUGCUCGGAGUUGCUUUUGGUGGAGAAGGGUUCUGUUCAGCGCCCUCCGUUAUCGACUGGGAUGCGGAUUCGAAGCCUUUGUAUUUUAAAGUGACCAAUCCCACGCUUUCUCCUUCCCAUUUGCAAGAUUUGCCUGGUUUCACGCGUAGUGUUUACAAAAGGGAUCAUGCCUUGAUAACACCAGAAAGUCAAGUGUUUAGUCCUCUACCAGAUUGGACUAAUACACUGGGUGCAUAUUUAAUCACACCAGCACUUGGUUCACAUUUUGUGAUGUAUCUUGCGCAAAUGCAAGAGAAAUCAAAAUCAGGAUUGCCCCCAUAUAAUGUUGAGAGAUUUUUAUUUGUUGUUCAAGGAGCAGUAAAGCUUACCAAUUCGACUGGUAUCAGUGAGAAACUGACGGUCGAUUCAUUUGCUUAUCUACCUCCAAACUUCGAUCAUUUCCUCAAGUGCGACUCUUCUGCCACUAUUGUGGUGUUUGAGAGAAGGUAUGCUUCUCUUGAGAAUCAUCUCACCGAGCAGAUCAUUGGUUCGACGGACAAGCAGCCCCUCCUUGAAACCCCCGGUGAGGUCUUUAAACUUAGGAAGCUCCUUCCCAUGUCCAUGCCCUAUGACUUCAAUGUCCAUAUCAUGGAUUUCGAACCUGGAGAAUUUCUUAACGUGAAGGAGGUUCACUAUAAUCAGCAUGGUUUGUUGCUGUUAGAGGGUCAAGGCAUUUAUCGCUUGGGUGAUAGCUGGUACCCUAUUCAAGCUGGUGAUGCCAUUUGGAUGGCUCCCUUUGUACCACAAUGGUAUGCUGCGCUCGGGAAAACACGAAGUCGCUAUCUAUUGUACAAGGACAUGAACCGAAACCCUCUUCAUCACAAGUAAUGUGUUAAUGUAACAUUGUGAGAUUACUAUCAUAUGACCGGUAGGAUUUAGAUUGUUCAAAUGAAAUAGUGCAUUUGACACUGCAGACCCAUUUGAUUUGAAUAAAACUAAUGUUUUAUAUCCUUCAA